AGCAGUAAACGGCGACUGCGUCAGUUCACAAUAACAUCGGUCGAGUCAAACUACUUUACCAUGGAAAACAUGAAAGGGGCUGUUCUUCUGUGUCUGCUAGGAUCAUCACUGCUCCAGGCAAAUAGGUUCUCUUGGAUUGGACCUUCAAAAAGCAUGGACAUUUUUGACAGUAGGGACAAUGUGUGUCUUACAGACCAGACAUCAUGUGGGUGCUGUCUGAUGCAGCAGCAAAUCCAAAGAGUAGAGACAUUUUUCAACCAAAGCCUCAAUAAACUUGAGACGGAACUGGCCAAGACGAGGAAUGCUCUGGACAACUUCAGAGCCAGUCGCAGUGCCUUCUCUGUUGCACUCACCAACCAACCUGGUUGGUUCUGCCUCGGCCCCUUCAACGACGACAAGGUGGUCACGUAUAAAGAUGAGUUCAUCAACCUUGGGAAUGGCUACAAUGUGGACAGUGGUGUUUUCACUGUUCCUCGCUCAGGUGUCUACAGCAUUGCCCUGACUGUGUACAGUGGUGGUACGAUCCCCCCUAAUGCACUGACAGUCUGUGCCAGUCUGCAGGUCAACGGAGUCGUAGUGGCCCGACCCAAAGAACAAAACACACAAGACAAAGAAGACAGCGCUACAGUUGUCCUGUCUCUCCAUCUGAACGCUGGAGAUCAGGUAGCCGUGGUGUUGCCUGCUGGAUGUUCCCUCUGUGAUAAUAAAAGUCACUAUAACACUUUCACUGGUUUUCUCCUGUACGCUACUACUUAAGACUGUGGCAACAAAACAAAGUGUCAUUUUACUUUGAGGUCGUUUGAUUGUUCUUUGAUAUUUGACAAAUGAUAUGUGAAGGAAUCUGUAGAAUUAUUAGACAAUAAACUA